UCCACGUGCCAGGAAAUUUAUCAUAGUAAAUUGACUGAUGGGAAUAAGGCUUAUUCAUUACAAAUAAGUUCUGACAAGGUGCCCGUGUACUGUCACAUGACGAGUCUUGGCGCAUGCGGUGGAUAUGGAUGGACACUGGUUAUGAAGAUAAAUGGCUCGCUAAGAACGUUUCACUAUGAUGAUGACCUCUGGAGCAAUAAAAAAACUUUCAACCUUGAAGGAGGAAAGACUGGGUUUGACUCAAAUGAGACCAAGUUACCGACCUACUGGAACACACCAUUCACAAGGAUCUGUCUCGGUAUGAAAAUCGGUGACCAGGACAGCUUUAUUGCAAUUGACAAGCCGGCUAGCUCACUAUAUUCAUUGAUCGCUGAUGGUAAGUACCGCGCCACCUCACUGGGUCGUAACACGUGGAAGAGGCUGAUUGGCUCACGGGCCUCUCUGCAGCGCAAUUGCAACAAAGAAGGGUUCAAUGUGGUGUGUACUAGUUCUCGUCAUUCGAAAGCAAGAAUCGGUUAUAUUGCCAACCAAGAAAACAAUUGUGGCUCCUGUGAUUCCAGAAUUGGUUUUGGUACUGGAGGUUAUCCCGAUGACUCAAACACGUGUGGUAACGAAGCAAAGCAUGAUCCAGAUAACAGGAGCAGACAUGCCAGAGCUAUGGAAUAUAUUUUGGUGCAGUAAACUCUUUGGAGGAUACAUGGCGGUGCAGCAAUAAAUGUUGUCUAUCAAUUUAUCUAUAAAUUUCUUUGUUUACUUCGCAUUUAUAUCUCUCAUUUUCAACCUUUAGUGCUUCUUUUAUGUCAAUUUCCUUGCUUUUAGAUGCAAUAAUUCUUAACAGUUUAAAGUGCUUAGCGCACCACUUAUAUUCGACAUUUUAUUUAAUGUUUGAAAGGUGUUUUUGAAAUUAUCACAGCUUACAUCGACAUAAAUUGAAUCGCUAAAAAUUUAAGGCGGGUAAACGAAAAGUGGGGUCGGUUAAGAACUUCUGAAUGUCGAGGGGGAGUUUGGCAUUUGGCUUUCGUGGAGAGACUGAUUAGAUUGGACGAGACAGAGCUUCGUUUUGAAGUAAAUUUAAGGCGUCAGAGCUGUCUUCUAAUCCUCAGAAGAAGCUUCUAUAGAAAAUGACUUACCAAUUAUUAUCUAAAAGCCCUCAAAAGAACUAGAAUUGUGUGAACGGUUAUCAGAUUUUGGUUGGUAAUGAGAUCGGAAACAAUAUCAGAAAUUCUAUUAUUGUUCUUGUUUUCUAACUGCCGCAGUUGUCGCCUCCCAAGGGAACUCGAUAUCUCGCUCCUCUCUUUUCAAAUUGCGGACAAACAUGCAGCUCAUGGGAUACGUUGUCAAACGUUUUGAUUCUGGCAGUUUGUUAUCGUGUUGUAGCUAGAGAAUGUCUAAAACAUUUAUGGUGUUCUUCCAUAAACUUCAAGUUGUCUUCCGAGAAGAAUGGCGAAGGAACUUGUGAACUGAACGAGCACGACAUCUCUGUCAAGUUGGUGAAUACUUCAAAUUUGAUGAACAGAAGGGAGUAGUUUUUUCAUUACUUCUGAAGGGAUGUUUACUCUCUGGCUGCCGCAAUGUAGGUUCCUGUUUGUCCAACAGGGAAAAACAAACAUAUGCAUGCUCAUGUAAAGUACCCUGGACCAGAGACAGAUGUGAUGCUGAAAUGACGGCAACGACAUGGCAAGGAAAUAUACGACAGGAAAUUGGCCACAGAAAAUAAAGCUUACUCCCUGCAAGUGGAUUCUGGGAACCUUC